AAGACUAAUCCAAUCCGUGUCCCCCUGUCUCCUACACUGAAGACAAGCGAGCCAGAACAAAACUCCACUUUACUAGCUAAACAAGCGUUAGAGGUGAGGUUAGACUUGAGGAUGGUGAGGAUCUGCACUUGACCUAGGCACUUCUGCUUGGAUUCACCUGGAUAGCAUGUAGCUGGGGUCUUUUUCCUCGUUCUCUCUGUUCUGCCUGCAUAGUCACAUCAUGGGUGAAAUCCAAAAGGGUCUAUUUUCCAUCAUUGAGAAACUAAAGGGCACGACAGAGCAGGAGCUCCGGAUUAUUCUUCUUGGUCUGGAUAAUGCUGGGAAAACCACCCUACUGAAACAACUGGCCUCAGAAGAUGUAAACAUGAUCACACCAACUCAGGGCUUUAACAUUAAGAGUGUCACCUGUCAUGGCAUGAAACUGAAUGUCUGGGACAUCGGGGGACAGAGGAAGAUACGUCCCUUCUGGAAAAAGUAUCUGGAGAAUACGGAUUUGUUGAUCUAUGUCAUCGACAGCGCAGACAAGAAGAGGUUUGAAGAAACAGGGCUGGAGCUCUCAAAACUGAUCGAUGAGGAGAACCUCAAGGGAGUGCCUGUGCUUAUCUUUGCCAAUAAGCAGGAUCUGACCACAGCGGCUACAGCCAGCGAGAUCGCCGAGGGGCUCAACCUGCACACCUACCGGGACCGGGAGUGGCAGAUUCAGGCCUGUUCGGCUAUUUCUGGCGAAGGAGUGUGGGAUGGAAUGAACUGGAUCAGCAACAAUAUUGUAAAUAGGAAGAAAUAAAGCAGCUCGAAAAAUAUCUUUUGUAUUUAAAAAGAACAAGUAAAUAAUGCAAGUUCAGAUCAGAUUGACGUUCUUCAACGAUAAUGUUUUGUAAUAUUUUAUACAUUAUGCAGUACAUAUAGUGCCUUGCAAAAGUAUUUAUAUAACUUGAGCUUUUUGUCACAUUACAACCACAAAUGUCAGUGUUGUUUAUUGAGAUUUCUUUUUAUGUGAUAGACCAACACAAAGUGGCACAUAAUUUUGAUGCAAUGAUGCUGCCACCACCAUGUUUCACGGUGGAGAUGAUGUGUUAGGGUGAUGCACAGUGUUAGUUUACCGCCACAUGUAGCGUUUUGCAUUAAGGCCAAAACUUUUAACAGUUGUAUUUAUACUGAGAUUAAAUGACACACCGGUGGACUCUAUUUAUUAGUAAUUAAGUGAUUUUUAAAGAUGGUUGGUUUCACUGGAUUCUAGUUAAGGGUGUCAGAGUAAAGGGAGCUGAAUACAAAUGCACGCUACACUUUUUAGAUUUUUAUUAGUAAAAAAUAUUUAGAAACCAUAUAUCAUUUUCCUUCUACUUUACAAUUAUGUGCCACUUUGUGCUGGUCUAGCACAUUCAAACCCCAAUAAAAUACAUUUACGUUUGUGGUUGUAACGUGACAAAAUGUGGAAAUGUUUAAGUGGUAUGAAUACUUUUGCAAGGCACUGUAUACUGAGUUUAUAAUGACUGACAUCAGUAAGUGUUCUGCUGUUUGAUAUACAGUAUACAAACUCUCCAGACACUUCGGGGAAUUAUUACAAAAUGAAAAGCGAGCACAGGAGGAGGGGGGAAGCAGUGUCUGCUUGUUUCUUUUCUUCUCCUUUUAUUACUGCUUUUUUAUGGUUUUUGAUUUUAGAAUUCUUUAUAACAGGAUCUCUGUGACUCACACUAGCAGCACAUUGUGAUACAAACAGAGCUGCAGCCUAAAAAGGAAUGAGUCAUUUGUCCAAGUGUGGCAUUCACUAGAGAAUACAUACAUUAGUUAGAGUUUUCUAUAUAGUUUGGUCUGGAUAAGUUGUGUGCUAGAGGAACCGUCUCAAAUAUAGAACCUCCAUUCGUGACCCGAAUUCUUGUUCUCUGAGUUAUAUUUGUUAGUUCUUGUACUGUUUUUAAUAAAUUGUGAUUGUGUCUGUAUUGUUAUGUCAUUAAAGCAUCUUUAUUCUGUCAAUAAAUGAA